AUGGCCAAGUUGGUAAGGCACCUCACUAGUAAUGAGGAGAUCGUCAGUUCGAAUCUGGCUGAAGGCAUUUUUUUUUUCCUUUUUUGCAUUGACUGCUAUCAUUCUAACUUGCCUACGAUACUUGCUUAG